CAAGAAGUGCCCCGCGUUUAUGACUCCGUGGUCGCAAUAAAAAUCGGCAAUUUCUUUUGUCCAUAAAAACGGGGUGACACUCUAGAUUUCAAGUACUUUGACGAAUGUGAUUUAGUAUUUAACUUACGGUCAGUGUUGAAUAGCCUACACAUCCACACGUGUUCGGGCACUAAGUCGGUUCGUCCUAUUCAGCUCGGAACGACACACAAAUUCUAUCCAAGAUAGAAAUCUGUACAAUUAUAUUCUAACAUUUACAAUACAUUUAUCGCUUGGAAGGUCGACGUUCUGUUUGGCACAAUAAUCAGUUCCCUACUCGCUGACAGUUGGUUUUCGUCAUGGCGACAACCUGUUGCACUUGGUGCGUCCAGUCGCCGCUCCUUAAGCAUUCCAUUCGGUCGAUCCUCGCUGACAACCUCCCCGAUCCUGAAGUCGUCAAAACAAAAGAAAAAUCACCGGGCAGUCCCAUUAGAGGCAGGCCGACCGGCGAAGCUUUCUCCCCCGCGAGUCCGGAUGGAUCUCCGCUGAUCGACUACCACCGACAGUCCUCCGUGGACCGCGGUGAAAGCGAGGAUGAGAAGGGGAGCAGCGGGACGCUUUCCCGGGUCAGUGAUGUCGAGAGAACCGCUACCACGUCCAUCACAAGGGACCGAGAUCCUAGUCAAGAAUCACCAGAAACGAGUUUAGAUCUCAGCUUAACCGGUAGUAAGCUCCCCAUCACCGAAUAUCCGGGGGCAUUCCACCACCCCGUGUUUCUGCGAGAUUUCCCUGGGUGGUAUCAGCACUUUGGACCCGCCCCCCUGGCCGCUGGUGGCUGGUCGCCGCUGUUGUUUCCCGGACAUUCGGGUUUGUCAUCCGCUUACCACUCACUGGCUCUCACCGGGCGAUGGGUCAGCCCUGACGGGGAAAUGUUGCUUCAUCCAGGCGCCUUGGUUGCUGAUGGGAGGGUUGAACAUUCUGCAGCGAAGGAAGUCCGAAUAUCUGAUCAAACCAAGAAGUCACCACAUCGCUCAGAAUCAGUGACGUCACCACCUCCUCAGUCACCCAAAGCGCCUGGACCCUCAGGACGCCCUCACUCCAAACGCAAACACACAAGGGCGCACUCAACACCAGCUUCUCCAAGGUCUCAACCGUUGACAAGCCCAAGCAGUCAUCGAGCCGCGAAAAUCGAGUCUCACGAGAAAGGGAAGCGUUUCACUCACGUCCAUCGAGAACAGCGCCCCCAUGGUCACAAGAGGGACAACCAGGGGAAUAAAUUGGGAGAGCUGUCAGAAUUGGAAACACUCAAUAAAGAGUUGCCAUGGAAACGGGAUGACCUCAAGAAAGAAGACAUAGAUACAGCGGAAGAUGACGCAUUCAACGACUGUUUUGUGUCGGAACGUGGGGGAAAUUUAGAAGCCACAGCAAAAAAGCGGGAUAUCAGCGAAGCGUUCCGUCAUAACUCACCAGUUUCAGACGAGUCCCUAUCGGACGAGAAGAGCGCCGCCAAGCGACAGCGCAGGAUCCGUACAACCUUCACGCCAGAGCAGCUGCGAGAGCUGGAGUGCGUAUUCCAAAUGACGCAUUACCCGGAUGUGCAGACACGUGACAUCCUGGCCGCCAAAACCUGCUUAGGAGAGCAAAGAAUACAGAUUUGGUUCCAGAACAGACGCGCCAAAUGGCGAAAGUAUGAGCGCCUUGGUAAUUUUGGUGGGCUGCAGGAUCUCAGAAUGACGCACAUCGUACCAGCGCCUAAAUCUCUGCCUCGAAUCGACUUCACGAGACGAGAUCCAAGUGUCCACGCGUUCUCCGAAUGCUCAUUGGCUGGGGAGUUCCCCAAUAUGGACGGACUGACGUCACCGUUUCCGCUCCUCCAAUCAGCGGCCGGCAUCGCCAUACCAACUCCGCCCAUCCUCCCAUCCUUGUCACCCAUGGGUCCAAUGUCCAGCCUCGAGAGGGCGCCCUUGGCACUUCCGAAGAUUUUCGGAGAGGAACGAAAGUGUUCGAGCAUUGCUAGUCUGCGUCUCAAGGCCAGACAGCACGAAGCGUCAGCUGGGAUAGAAUCCAUUGCCUCCUGAUGAAAUUCAGAGACAA